GCUGCGGGUGGCGGGUGGCUGGCGGCUGGGCGGGCGCAGGAUGAAGUCGGCCAUUGCUGGGGCUCUGCUGCGGGGAGGAAGACGCUGAGGAGGCGCUGAGCUUCGCAGCGCUGCGGGGGAGGCACCCGCGCCGAUUCGGGGCCCAUGGCCAGGACUACCAGCCAGCUGUAUGACACCGUUCCUAUUCAGUCCAGUGUGGUAUUAUGUUCCUGCCCAUCCCCAUCAAUGGUGAGGACCCAGACUGAGUCUGGCACGGUCCCUGGUAUUCCUGGUGGUGGCAGUAGCAGGCAAGGCCCCACCAUGGAUGGCACCACAGCUGAAUCCCGACCAAGUGCCAGCUCCCUGCAACAUGCUGCCCAGCCAGCACUGCAGCCUCGGAAGAAACGGCCGGAAGACUUCAAGUUUGGGAAAAUUCUUGGCGAAGGUUCUUUUUCGACAGUUGUACUGGCUCGAGAACUGGCAACCUCCAGGGAAUAUGCUAUUAAAAUUCUAGAGAAACGGCAUAUUAUAAAAGAGAACAAGGUCCCGUAUGUAACCAGAGAACGAGAUGUGAUGUCACGCCUGGAUCACCCCUUCUUUGUUAAGCUUUACUUCACGUUUCAGGAUGAUGAAAAGCUGUAUUUUGGCCUUAGUUAUGCCAAAAAUGGAGAACUACUUAAAUACAUUCGCAAAAUUGGUUCGUUUGAUGAGACCUGCACCCGAUUCUACACAGCUGAGAUUGUGUCUGCCCUGGAGUAUCUGCAUGGCAAGGGCAUCAUUCACAGGGACCUUAAACCAGAAAACAUUUUGUUAAAUGAAGAUAUGCACAUCCAGAUCACAGAUUUUGGAACAGCAAAAGUAUUAUCCCCAGAGAGCAAACAAGCCAGGGCCAAUUCAUUCGUGGGAACAGCACAGUACGUUUCUCCAGAGCUGCUCACAGAGAAAUCAGCUUGUAAAAGUUCAGACCUUUGGGCUCUUGGAUGCAUAAUAUACCAGCUUGUGGCAGGACUCCCACCAUUCCGAGCCGGAAAUGAAUAUCUUAUAUUUCAGAAGAUCAUUAAAUUGGAAUAUGACUUUCCAGAGAAAUUCUUCCCUAAGGCAAGAGACCUUGUGGAAAAACUUUUGGUUUUAGAUGCCACAAAGCGAUUAGGCUGUGAAGAAAUGGAAGGGUAUGCACCUCUUAAAGCUCAUCCAUUUUUUGAGUCCAUAACAUGGGAGAACCUACACCAGCAGACUCCACCCAAGCUCACGGCUUACUUACCAGCCAUGUCGGAAGAUGACGAGGACUGCUAUGGCAACUAUGACAAUCUCCUGAGCCAGUUUGGCUGCAUGCAAGUGUCAUCGUCUUCCUCCUCCCACUCCUUGUCUGCCCUGGAUGCAAGUCUGCCCCAGAGGUCAGGCAGCAACAUAGAACAGUACAUCCACGAUUUGGACACUAAUUCUUUUGAACUGGACUUACAGUUUUCUGAAGAAGAGAAGAGGCUAUUAUUGGAGAAGCAGGCUGGUGGAAACCCUUGGCAUCAGUUUGUAGAAAAUAAUUUAAUACUAAAAAUGGGUCCAGUGGAUAAGCGAAAGGGUUUAUUUGCACGACGACGACAAUUAUUGCUCACAGAAGGGCCACAUUUAUAUUAUGUGGAUCCUGUCAACAAAGUCCUGAAAGGUGAAAUUCCAUGGUCACAAGAACUCCGACCAGAGGCCAAGAAUUUUAAAACUUUCUUUGUUCACACGCCUAACAGGACGUAUUACCUGAUGGAUCCAAGUGGGAAUGCUCACAAAUGGUGCAGAAAGAUCCAGGAGGUUUGGAGGCAGCGAUACCAGAGCCACCCGGAUGCUGCCGUGCAGUGAUGUGGCCUGUGGCCAGGCUGCCGUUUGCUGCCAGGACACCUGCCCCAGUGCGGCUUGGCCGCCAUCUGGGAUGCUUCCAGACCACCUGCCAGCCAUCUCAAGGGGAAUGCAGAAGGCGGAAACCUUGCAGCUUUUUUAUUUAAAAGAAAAGAAGAAAAAAAAAUACCCAACCACACAAAGAACAAAACCAAUAACAAACAGACAGGAAUUCAGGGUCGCUUUGCUUGUUCUCUGUGCUCCGUGGAGGCUUCCACGUGUGCUUGUUGCUGUGGGGACCCAGCUCUGUGCACGUCAGCCCAGUUCCCACCUAGACUAGUGGACAGACAUGGUGUUACCAGCUUUUCCUAGCAUCAGGCAGAGCCAUGUGCUAUGCCUUCUGGCCGAGGGGACUGAGUGUGUCUUGGCUCUUCCCUUCCACCUGACACAUGAUCACAGAACUUUAUACCAGGGAGGGAGUGCCUGCAGUCUCGCUAGGGUGGAUACCAGCCCUGUGGUGGAGGGUUCUUUGCUUCUGUGCAUGUGCCCCCUUUCUUGCGUCCCUCAUUGAUGACCCUUAGCUGUGGCUGGGCCCCUUUUGUGCCUCUUGGCGUAGCUUUGGUGGCAGGAUUUUUUUGGUUUCUGCUGCCUGCAAGCAGACUGCUUGAGGUGAGGAGCAGGAGGGUAUGGAGUGACACAAGAAUAGGCUGCUGAAGAGGGGCACUACCCAACGGCUUGACUUCCUGGUCCUACUGAGUUUGUUGGUCUCUGGGGCUGGAAGCCAAGUGCAUGUCUGGGAGGGGCACCAGCAGAAGUGAGGCUGAUUAGCACCUGCUGGGUCAUUGCACAAGAGAGAGUCCUGCCUUGAUCCCCAGGUGAGGCCAGGAGGUGCCUCAGAGAAUCCAGCCAGAGCACAUUGGGCCUGCUGGCCUUGAUGGGGAGGAAUGAGGCCCAGGCCCUUUGGAGACCCUCUUGAAAGGUUUAACAUGCAGCCUCCCCAAUUGGUGAAGUCGGGUCUGAGAGAGAGUCCUGGGAUUUAUAGACCCAGAGUGCUUCAGUUCCUGCAGACAGCACCAGGGAGUGCAGGUGCCCAGUGUCACAUGCACCCUUUUUGUAUUGUGGUUAAACAUUUCUCAGAGCUAACUCAGAGUUUUUACAUCUCUACAUUGAAAAUCUAAAAGCCUCCUUAUGUUACUAAGUCAUGUAGUCCCAUAAAGAGUGGACUUUGCCUGUUUGCACUGUGUGGAAGGCGAGUAUAGCAUACUUAACCUGGGCUUGCCUAGUCUGGUUUCCUUUGCUUCCCUUUGUUGCUUUUAGUGGCUGUGUACUGCUGUGUAGUACAGUCUGAUACAUUAGUGCUAUGCCUUGCUACUCCCCAGGUGGAGAGAGCUAUUGAUGCCUGGCAGGGCUUGGCCAUCCUCUCCCUGCCCAGGCUGUCCCUGGAGGGCAGCUGACAGUCCUGUGGGGAGGAGGCAGGCAUUGCUGACUUGGCAUUCUGCUCACAGACAUGCCUCUGACUCGAACACAUCCAGCGGAUGAACAACUUUGCCAUUUCUAUAGACUUUUCACAAAGGCACCAGCAAAAUGCCCACACAGAAAUGAUUCCCAUAACCCUUUCUGUCCCCACUUCCUCAAUCUCUUAUGACCAUCAGUCACCCUGUGUGCCAGGCCAGGUCCAAGUUGAGAGUAAUGAUAAAAGAGUGGCAGCUCUUAAACCAGGGAAGUGCUGAGGUGGACUGUUCUGUCGUGCUGGGGCAGAGAGGGGUGUCAGUGACCAUGAGUAGUGUGCAAUGCAGGAAACAGGACAUUCUGAGGGGUCAAGCACAUGGCCCUGGGCCUGUGGCCAGAGACUGAGUCCCCCUUCUUCUUAGCUUUUGAAAAAGCUUCCCUGUGUAAGAUGAGUCUCACAUGACCCAUUUCCUUUAGGAGUGUCUGUUCAGGCUUACUCUCCUUUACUAGCUGUUUUACCCUUCUCAGAACAUCCUGCGUCUGUGUGUGUGAGAAAGGCUUCUGACUUACUUAGCUGCAUACACAGGUGCUCCUAGGACAUCUGGGUGUCUAGUCACAGGGAAACAAGCAGAGCUGGGACUUGGCUUUAAUAAGAGCACCUGGCCAGGCUGCUGGUGGAGAAUCUUCUGUUGCAUUCUUCUCUUUGGAUAGCACCACUACCUCCUGGGCUUCACCCACAUGCUUCAUCUUAACCUCCCAAACCACAGAAUUAGGGGUUCAGAGCUGGAGCUCGCAGCCGACAGCUGAAAUGACUGCCCCUGCCUGAGCUGAUGCCCCGAGCCCUUUCCGUGGAUCACCUUUUUUCUCACUCUUUUCCUUGCUUUUUAAAAAUAUUUUUUUAUUUUUAAAGGCCCAUGCAUAUUCUUUUCCGUACUGACAUCACCUGAAGUUUUAACCAUCCCAUCCUCAGGGCCCAUCAGCUGGCAUGCAGUAUCAUACAUGCUAAGAUAGGACAUGUGUGACAGUCCACAUACAUAGACAUACACACGUAGAAAUACAAUUGUUAAUUUAUCCAAUGUGAGAAAAAUAGUGCCCAGUUGUUUAACCCAGAGAACCAUGUAUCAGUUACUAAGAGUGGGCAAGGGCAAGUGUAAAUACUGAGGCUACAACCUAUGUGGCCUCCUAUGUUCCAAGGGGAGGAUGCAGUCAGGAGACUGUGGUUGCUGUCCAGUCUACUGUGCCUUGCUUUUCUCUGGUGCCACAGAGGAAGCCAUGUAUCAAGGGAUUUUCUCUUCUCCUGUGGAACCAGCCAGGACAGUGAGUUCUAGGACAGGAACCUUUCCAUCCCAGUGAGGGCACCACAGCAUGGCUACCAAAUGGGAGCUUUACUUGCUGGAAGCCUAUUAAAAAUUUGCUUUGAGGAGGAUGGCUUGUGACAUGCCAUAGCUGGCAGGAACCUGACAGACUCCAGCCCUCUUGGGACAUCCUGUGGCUCAUCCUCAAAGGAAUUGCUGAGACAGCCCUAUGGCUUUGAUACCCAGGGUACCUGCACAGGGGUUGUGGGUGAUUCUGUACAUUUUUCAAACAUUUCUUUUCUGAAAAACUCCACUUGUAGGCUCACACCUGGAGGUCUCCCAUAUCCUGUCCCCCCUACCUUUUGUUGGCUUUUGUAACUGGGAACAUACAACAUAAACUGCAUCCAGCUGUUUUCACUUGAUUUUUUAAAGCAUUUCCCCAUGUCUUGAGCAAUUGAAAAACAUGUUUUUAACAAUUGUAGAGUUUAAUGCUUGUAAAUUUUAUCAUAAUUUAUCUGACCAUCUCUCUGUUGUAAACAUUUACAUGGCUUCUUUUUUUCACUAUUUAAAUGAUGCUGUGAUAAAUAUCCUUAUAAAUCUUUGAGUUUUGACUCUUCUCCUCCCCUUAGAUACCUGGAUGUGGUAUUUUAGGGUCAGAGAGUUCAUUUAAAAAAUAAUACUCUUUCCCUUUCUUUACCUGAUGCUUAGAUGCUCAGAAUUCCAUUAACAGAAUCUCCUUAGCUGCAUCCUAUGGAUUCUGAACAAACCAGUUUCUGAUAAGCUGUGUGUUCCAAAGAAUGUUUGAAUAAGACCACUCUUUUUAAAAAUACUGAAAUGAUGUUAUUAUUGCAAUCCAUUUGUGACAGGUUUUUCCAAGAGCCAGUUUCCUUAUUUUUGCUGCAAGCACCUGGCUAUGCCUGCAUGUUAGUUUUCCUCCAUCCCUACUGCUAUGGCUUUUAAGUGCUUGAUGAUAUUUUCAGAAUCUUGUACUUUGUGUCCACAGUGGUACUGAACUUGCAUCUGCACAGUCAGCAGAGAUAAAAAAUUUUGAACUGACCUUGCCACAUGCUUAAUGGGCGAUUGGUAAUUAAGUUUAUAGACUCAAAGUGUAUUGGGCCAUUUGAAAUCAGUAACAGAGCAAAAACUCUACCUAGGAAAGAAAUUACAUAGAUGAUUAGAUUUUACGAAAGUGUAUUUUUUGUCCCAUCUCCCACCUCCGUAAGAAGGUCUUAAGAUGUUCAGAAGAGCACAAUGGCCAUGCUUUUUCAUUGUAGAUGUGGUUGUCUUGGUUGGUAUGGAUUUAAGGCCAUCUCUUUCACCCUCUGCCCAUAGUGUUACAGGUUGCCUAGUUGUCUUCAAGUCCAGACCACCCAAAUUUGGUUGCAUUCUUAAUGUCCUCAGGUUGAUUCUGAGGGAUUUUUCUAGGUGCCAUGCUCAGUGCUACUUAACUCUGAGAUUAUGGCUGAAUUGUGCAGAAUUAGGUUUUCUGACCUCCUCUAGGACACCCCAAGGCUGCUCCUUUGGCUGGCCCACAGACUUGGAUCGUUCACCACUGAGACUUACAGAGCUUGAAGCUGCAGUGAGAAUAUGGUGAAGGUACUAUAUGUUCUUGGAGAUGUCACCAUCGGCUUUUUUCCAUUUUCUCUGUGUUCAAAGCUAACGUGAACUGAGGGUGACUCAUUUGGGUGUGGCCCUUUCUUUUUAGGUAAUAGGCAUGACAGGUGCCCUUGAAUCAGGGCUGAAAUAGUUUCCAGAGCCUCUGAGGGGCACCCACUUCGGGCCCAAGGUUGCAGAAUUGUAAAUCAGGCAUCCUGUGGAGAGCCUGUCUGGGAAGUUUUUUCCAGCAAAGAGCAGUUUUAUCUGUCGCUGAGAUGGCCAUGGUGGGCAACUGAAUGAGCCUCCGUGGACACCUGAAUUUUCUCCAUCACUCAUUUCUUCAAUAUGAAGAAACACCAAACUAUGUACAGAAAACUUUUUACAAAAGGCAAAGUUUUUUUUUUUUAAGCUGUGUAACCCACCCUAGUCUAAUCGUCUGGCUGAGUGACUAACAGAGGGGUCAUUUUGCUGGUGAAAGUAUUGACUAAGUUUGGACGUUGGCAAAAUUAAGUACUACAGCAUUUGAACUGCUGUAGUUGCUCCUUAACAACAUGAAAUAGGAUGAAUCAAUAAUCUGUUUAGCCGUCUUUCAGGUUGGUGGCAGUCAGGACAUGUAUAAUAUUCUCUACCUGGCCUGUGGCUGUAACUGUGAUGUACAGGCAAAGCAAAAAUUACGAGAAAACUUACGGAAAUAAUGCAAUGAUGUUAGGACAUACACUUUUGUAUUUUUAUUCUUAUAUAAGGUUAUUUGCUGGCUAUUGUUGGCCUCUAGUUCAGUCUGUGUUAUUUAAAUUCUAAUAUAUGAAUUAUUUGGAUUGAAUUCAUGUUCGGGGCCACGUUGUUUGUUGUAUGUAUUGAUGUACAGCCUUGAAUGUGAAUAAUUAUUGUAAACUAUAUUUUACAAUUUUUUUCUGGCUUUAUUAUAUAAAUUUUCUAUUUGGUCAAUGAUUUAAUCAUAUAAUUUAAUGAAUAUGUUUAUUCUUUUUUCCAAAUAUUUGUGCUUUAGGUGUAGUUACCGGAUGAUGAAUUUUUCUCGUAUGCUCGGUAGUCUUGUAAUAAAAGCAUGUAGAGUGUA